GUUGGCACCUCUUGAACCUCUGUGGCCGUUAGCACGGUUUUCUACCCGCGUGCCCGAGAAACCAACGGAUUAGAAGGACUUUUAAAGAUGUGUGAGGAAAGAGCUCACCGCUGAAGAAGGCUGCUGCAUCACUGAACUUCUUAUCACUAACAUAGCCAGAUUUUAGUUUGGACGAAUUUGAGGUUGUAGGGGAGAUAGCGAUGGCAGAAGACUAGCUGGAAAUGGCACAUCUAGGUUGGCUCCAGUCGAAACGGUUUGAGCGUGGUCGCUGUGGCUCAUCGUCGGCACCAAUUAACGAAGCGAUGACAUCUGCGUUGUUAGGGGUUUCUUAAACUGAGUUGGUAGAAAUGCGAAGCGUCAGGGUUCCCGCUGGCUUCGAGCCUUUCUUGGCGUAUUUGUAUCUUGAGCUGAUUUCUGCGUCAGCCCACAUCUCGCUCUGAUCCGCACACCCCCUGGGUUGUUUUGCAGUAGCGGUCUCAGCCCUCUUCUCGUCUCAUUCCCAAAUCGUAAUUUCAGUUCACAGCUUUUUAUCUAUAAUAGCUUUAUCAACUCUUUUUCCGAUGCUCUGCACCAGAUCUCUUAAAAUAUAAAAUUACCUUGCAAGGUAUUGUUUGGAAUACACGGUAUUUUCAUGAAGACAACUAUUAAUAGAAAAAUCAGAGUCCAGAACUAUGGCUCUCCAUUUCUGGUAUACUGGUUUGCAGAAGCCUUACAUUAAAAUUUCAUAAAUGAUUGUUUUGCUGUUAAGUGCAACAACAUCACAGUAGAGCUACAUAAAGAUUGAAAGGAGAUAUUUUAUCAAGUGGCACCAGAAUGGACUGAUUAAAAUAGAAUGGCCUAAUUGGAAAGAAUUUCAGGAUCACCGGUUUCUCCUGCUUCAUUCUGGUACCACCAUUGCUGUCCAAUACCACUGGUGUCAGCUGGGACACCAAUUGCUCCUGCUGCUGCAGCUGCCACCACCAGAAAUAGUCUACUUCCAUCACAACCACCUUUAUAGCCUCUGGCUAGAUCCCAGUCCCUAGCAUGCUGUGGUCACUGCUACCACUUCCACCACUGAAGCUGCUUCCUGGAAGACCUGAUUGGUUUACUCAAACUCCUAGUAGUAAAGUGGUAAAUUCAGCGUAUAUGAUUCACGUUAUACCUGCUGAGAGAUUCCCAGUUGGAAUGCAAGGGGCUGCUGUACGAGGCGAUGGGGGACAGGCCUUCAGUAUUUGGCAUCACCUUUACAUGGAGCACAAAGAUGAUGAUGAUGAUGAUGUGUCUUUUGCCAAAUGGAUGAGCAGCUUCUGGGGCCACAGCUGGAGAGAGGAGGAUCAGAGAGGACUCCGGGAACGCCACCGACUGCAAGCCACCAGUCACAGGAAAACCUCCCUGCCCUGCCCACUUCCUGUGCUUCCCAGAAUUCCAUCAUCUGACUGCCAUCCUAGAAGGCAUUCUCAUGAGGACCAGGAAUUCCGAUGCCGAUCGUCUGACCGUCUUCCUAGAAGGCAUUCUCAUGAGGACCAAGAAUUUCGAUGCCGUAGCCACGUACGGGAUUACAGAAAAUACUCAGAGGAUGGGUCAUUCAAGGAGCCACUGGAAUCAAAAGGAAGAUCCCAUUCCAAAAUUGAGAAAUUUUCAGAGUCCUUUGAACGGCAACUGUGCUUUAGAACCAAAUGUUCUGCCUCUUUGGGACCUGAAAGCAGAAAGGAGAGAAAUGAAAGAGAAUGCCUGAGGAUGGAGAUAAAAUCCCGAAAGAAAGUAGAGGAAGAAAGGAGCUCUAGGAAAGAAGAACAUGGAGAAGCACACAUGGCUCCCCUGUUUGAAAAAGGGCCUGAAUAAUACUCUGCUUCCGCCUCAUGACAUCAGAUUCUACUGUUUUGGUUUUUUUCUUUGAGCCCCAAUUCACCAUUUCAGGAUGUGGAUGGGGGCGGGGUUGGGGGUAAAAACAGCUAUAAAAAGCAACUGUAGAUGCUGACUGACUGCAGUGGGCAGGGUAUGUAGCUGCUCCAAGAUGACUUGCAUCAUACCCCAAUUACUGCUGGCAUCUUAGUUGAGAGUAUAAUCUGCUUGGUUGCCUUUUUAUGGGAAUAAAGAGAAUAAAAGGUAUUUUAAUAGAAUAAAGAAAAAUUUGAAAAUAUAAUGGAAGGUAUUUAAAGAGCCACCCACAUAGCUUCACCAACCCUUCUUACACAUCAACUCAUAAAUCAUCUUAAAUAAAAGUCAUUGGUAUGA